GCAACAGAAACGAGUGAAAGGUGUACGUAAGAUUAGCUUCUCUUGUUAGACACGAGUUAUUCGCUUAACGAGAACGGCUAUCGCAGUUUCUGAUAACUACAAAAGAUUGCAUGUACUUGUGAAAUACCACAAGUCAGACUUCAUAUUCUGAGCGACAUUUCUACUUUUUUUCGGGUAUGAGAAGUAACGAUAGCUAACAGCAGCAGUCGCUCGUGUAACUAGCCGCUCCGCUACUUUGACAGAACACCGUCAGUCCAACAGUUGUCCCCAGAAACAUGCCUAUUCAAUUGACGAGUCAGGCGUAUUGUAAAAUGCUUUUACAUGCUGCCAAAAAUCCUCAUCAUGCCGUGAAUGGAUUGCUGAUAGCAGAAAAAACAAAGGAGAGAAAGAAGGACGGUCACAGCGGACCAGUUUUGUGUGUGGACUGCGUGCCUCUGUUCCACGGUACUCUGGCUCUGGCUCCAAUGCUAGAAGUAGCUUUGACUCUGAUUGACACUUGGUGUAAAGAAAACAGCUAUGUCAUUGCUGCUUAUUAUCAAGCCAAUGAACGAACCAAGGAUUCAAGGCCGAACCAAGUUGCAGAAAAAGUGGCUGCCAGAAUUUCUGAGAACUUCAGUGAAGCAUCGAUUGUUAUGGUGGACAGCAGCAGAUUAACACUGAGCUGUUUGGAGCCCAUUGUGGUCAUCUAUGACCAUCAUGAAAACAAGUGGAGAAACCGAGAAGUAACAGCGGAUUCUUUUGAGGACUGGAGCGAAGCACAGAAGAUCACGUCAGCUCUGCUGGAGGGCAGGUCCUACGAGAACUUGACUGACUUUGACGAUCACUUGGAUGAUCUAAGAAAUGACUGGACCAACCCGGUCAUCAACAAGUCUGUCCUGGAUCUUUGUUAGGACUUGAAAUCUUUGGCCAGUUUCAGCGUGCAUGAUGCUACUUCAAGUAGCACAGAGUCUUCGAUCCUUUAAAAGCUCGACAAAAUCAGCCGAGCGGUGCCCACUCAGGCCAACAUCUCAAACGCAAGCACCACACGUGCACUGCUGAGCUGUGUUGGCCUUUACAGGGUGAUGCUGAAAGGAUAAAAGCAAUGUUUUCUGAAUUUAGUUUUUCCUUUAAAAUAGUUUGAGUUUAUAUACAAAAGAUUAACAUCAAGAGCUUUUGAUUGGCGUUUUUCUUCAUAUUUAACAUGAAGUAGCCACAGAUGCUAAAUUAUUUAACUUCUGAUACUUGAAAUAAAUUAUUAAGUGUGUUCUUUAUUAAUUUGUUAGCGUGUCUUAAGAUCUAAAUCACAUUUAGCACAUUUAAAUGUAGUCUGAAGAGACGGGACCGUACUGUAACACAAACAGGUCGACAGUCAACUGAACGUUUUCUGUUAACUUGAUUUUUUUUUUUUUUAGGAAAUUAAAUAAAGUUCAGAUUUAGUUAAAUAUUGCCUGUAAAUUUUUGUAAAUGCUCUUCUUCUUCCUGACGUCGUUCUGCUGGUCAUUCUUUAUCAUAAACGCAUCAGCUUUAGUUUGAAAAACUGUUUGACUUGUUCCGAUGUCUGAGCU